ACAUUAAGGUGAUACGUACCCAGAGAAAACCAAGCAAGAAACAAACUCAGAAAUGGCUUUUCCGGUGAUUGAUCUGAAUCAGUUUCCAGAUCCUGAAGGGUACAAGAGGCUGAGGGAAGCAUCAGAGCAAUGGGGUUGCUUCAGGCUAGUCAACCACAAGAUCCCAUUGUCUCUCAUGUCAGAGAUGAAGAAGGUGGUCAGAUCUCUUCUUGAUCUGCCCACGGAGAUCAAGAAGAACAACACUGAUGUCAUAUAUGGCAGUGGCUACGUCGCACCCAGCAAGGUCAACCCUCUCAAUGAGGGUUUGGGUCUCUGUUACUUGGGAUCAUCUGAGACUGUGCACACCUUUUGCUCUCAGUUGGGUGCUUCUUCCUACCAGAGAGAGGUAAUAGAGAAGUAUGCGGAAGCAGUUUAUGAGCAGAUGAUGGAUUUAGGGGAUAAGUUGGCACAGAGUUUUGAGCUGCAGAGUGAUUUUCUGAAGGAAUGGCUGUGCCAGUUUAGGUUUAACAAGUACAACUUCACUUCCGAAUCCGUGGGAUCUCCCGGACUUGAGCUACACACCGAUUCGGGAUUUCUGACCAUUCUUCAAGAUGAUGAAAGUGUUGGUGGUCUGGAAGUGAUGGACAGGCAGUCUGGUGCUUUGGUACCAGUUGAUCCUUGUCCAGGCACUUUCGUUGUCAAUGUUGGAGACACUGCUAAGGCAUGGAGCAAUGGAAGGCUGUGCAAUGGGAGGCACAGAGUGCAAUGCAAGGAGGGCAGCGUUCGAGUCUCCAUUGCUUUUCUUCUGUUGGGACCAAAGGAGGAAGCAGUGGAAGCCCCUCUGGAAUUUGUUGAUUCGGAGCACCCACGUCUCUAUGUCCCUUUCACUUAUGAAGAAUUCAGAAUGAUCAGGCUCUCCAAACAUUUGCGAGAUGGUGAUGCUCUUGAACUUGUGCGCAUCAAGUCCUAAUUGACUGAUAUGAUUCAAGCUAGUUGGCAUAUAAAAUUGCUAGCUGGUGAUGCUCUUGAACUUGUCCUAAAUAAUCGAUUCUAGACCGUACUAUAUUAACGGAUCAGAAUUGGCAAUCAAUAAAGAGGAAUGGGAAGAAGGUUUGGUUGGAAGCUAGGUGUUCUUCCUGUAUGUCCCUUUUCCAUUGAACUGGUUACCAAAUUAUCAGAAACAAUGUGGAUUUAUCAAGUUGCUAGUCAUCUAUCCGUUUAUUAUUCAUUUCAAAAUCCUUCGUCUUUAUCGUAUAUGUUUUUAUUAAACUCUUAUUUUUGAUAUGGACUGCGAUUGGCUUUUCUAUUCGUCUGGUUUUCUAUCAUUUUGCAAGGCAAUUUUGGUUCGAAUUGGCUGGCUGCUGUAAUCAUGCCACUGU